AAAUUUUGGUGACCUUUUCCCCUGAAUUUUAUUCUUUAAUAACAGUAAUUUAGUUAUUUUUUUGUACUUUUUUAAAGGCCGGCAAAAAAAAAGUCUACUUCUGUUACAUAUACAAGUAGUUAAGUCCUUGACUGCUGCUUUUUUUUUUAUCAAGUUGAGCAUGGAAAACUCUGUUUCUUCCUCCCAUUACAAAGUCAUUACAACGCCGGAACCAAUCCUCGAAGACGAUAGUGUACCGGAGGAGAGCGGGUGGACGCAGUAUAUCGAAGAUUUCGAGGCCUACGAUAAGGAAGGAUGUGUUCAUGAAAACAGCAGUAGUAGUUCUAGUUAUAUGAGCUAUUCUAUGGUGUCUGAUGCCGGUUCCGGACCCGAAUGGAAACACAAAUUCAGUAUCAAUCCUGCAGGAGGUUGUAAUUCAUUUGGUGUUUUACAAAAAAUACCUAAGAAAUUAAAUUUCAAGAAGAAAAUUCCUUUUGAUGAUUCCUUAGAAGAUACUGCUUCUUCCCCUGUUAAUAGUCCCAAGGGCAAUGAAAUCUCAAUUGAUGAGCAUAUGGAAUACAAUAAUAUAAAUAGAGAGCAUGAUUUCAAGGAUGUAGAUUGCAUUGAUUUGAAGCAAAAAGGAUUAUGUGUAGUUCCGGUAUCUAUGGUUGUCAACUAUCUUGGUUGAUAUGUUCUGUUUAAUUUAUCACUUUUCUCUGUCCUCCCUUAAAUGCAAAUAUAACCAAGAAUUUCUUAUAGUUCUAUAGAUUGUAUUUGCGAAAUGCAUAUUAUGUAAUUACUAUAGGCCUAUAGCAUUGUUAUUAUACAAUAAUUUAGUGUAACAGAAUGCCUCACUCUUUGUUUAAAAAUCAUCUACCGUUGUAUGUGGUGGUGGACUAUUGGUAUUGUUGUUGUGACAAUCAAUAGUCGGUUAAUUUGUAAAUAAUUUGCAUUCAUGUAUAGCUAAUAUAUGAGGGUUUUUUGGAUUA